UUCGCUAUAAUUUUCAUCGAGCGUGGUGCGCUGCGCGGGUGUCUUGCAACAUAUUUGUUGUGCCAGCGCGUAGAGCGGCUGUUUUAGAGCUUAUAUGUAUAUGUGCAUGGAUUGUUGUGUGCGAGUGUAUAAGAGUGUGUGAGUGUUUGUGUGCGCGUGCAAAACAAAACGAAGGGCAUUAAAUAAAUUGAAUUAAUGUCAAAAGAUUUCAAAUGCCACAACAUAAGCUAAAUUUAAUAAUUUAAUUUCGUUGUUAGUUGAAGACAGUCACAAUAAAGAAAUACAAAGUAAACGCCAAAAAUUCCCAUAUAUAAAACAUAAAAGAGAAGAGCAGAAAGCUUGCAACAGAAACAACGGCGUUGCAAAACCAGAACUACAACAGACUACGAUUAACGCACAAGCAGCAACAACAACAAUAACAACAGCACAUCAAUGGCACUAUAAUUUUUGUGAAUGCAAAUAAAGUUAUCAACGUGUUGUGUUUACACUACUUAAAUCGCGCCGGGAAGUUGCCAACAACAACGUCAACACACCACUGUGCACAAGUAUUUUUCAAUUCCGUUUUGUAUUUUGUUGUUGUUACGCGCAUCCUGCACUAAAUUCAAAUCCAAUUGGCAACAACAACGGUAAAGUGAUGCCUGCUGCUGCUGCUGCUGCUCUGCACUCAUCAUAUUCUACGCUGCUGCUGCAUUCUCAUCAAAGUCAAAGUCGCUGACACGGGAAGUGGAAGUGUGAUGUCACCACAUUUGCCUGCUGCAGUCGACAACAACAACACAAAUAACAACAACAAGAACAAGAGAUUUUACUAUUACUACUGCCACAAAGCGACAAACACAAAUAAAAAGAGACGCGACAACAAUAACAACAGCAACAUCAACAACAGUAAAGCAAUUGCUGUGCAUUCUUAAGAUUUUGAGAGAAUUCAGUUUCAGCAACGUGAAAAUGCCUCGGUCGCUUUCCCAUUUGCAUUUACAACAACGACAGUGGCAACAACUGUUGCCGACAGCGCUGCUGUUGCUCAACAUAUGCUGCUGCUUGCAACACAUCGCAGUCGUCACAGCUGACAACGCGGAGUCAAAAGCACACAUCGGUGACUAUUUUCCUGCCCUUAAUGAGUUUUCAACACACACUGUGAUACGCCCCCAAGUGCAACAUGGUCGCACUAAGCGCGCCCUCCACAGCUCUCUGGAUGCAGCGGAUGGUCUGCAUGCGGAGCAGUUAACGCUGAGCUACACGCACCAAGGACAACGCAUCCACAUCGAACUGCAGCGCAACGAUCGCCUCCUGCCCGACGCCCACUUCCUGCGCUAUCAGAAUGCCAGCAAUCGGGCGGAUAACUCCGGCAAUGGCUCCGGUUACGUGGUGCGCAACUUCACCAAGACUGACGUUGAUUUAUGCCAUUAUCAGGGACGCAUUCGCGGCAAACCGGAGUCGAGUGUGGCGCUUUCCACCUGCGAUGGCAGCCUCAAUGGCGUCGUCUUUGAUGGCGAGCACACAUAUUUUAUACACCCGCAUAUCGAGAGCAAUGGCCGGUUGCACAAUGACCACUAUCUGCUCAGGCACGCCGACAUGCUGCAAACGAAUGCUACCUGUGGCUACGACAACCACAAGGACAACCACUUUCCACACGAUGCCAAACAUUCGGGGGAACCACACAAACUGGAUGGCAACGAAUUCCAACGCUUGCUGAAGCGCCAGCGACGCGAUGCCGAUGCCGAUGAAAGUCAACUGAUACGUGGACCGUACAAUGCGAACAAGUAUUCCAGCUAUGUGGAGCUGGUGAUUGUGGUGGACAACAAGCUGUACAAGCACUUUGGCGAGAACGCGAAGCGAGUGCAUCAGCACUGCAAGGAUUUGGCCAACAUUGUGAAUGCCCUCUAUGUGCCCCUGAACAUCUUUGUGGCGCUGGUGGGCGUCGUGAUUUGGAACGAAUCGAACGAGAUCGAGUUCUCCAGCGACGGCGAUGUGACGCUGCGCAAUUUCCUCAACUAUCGCAGCACCAAACUGGUGCUGGAGCAUCCCAACGACAACGCCCAACUGCUGACCAAAGAGAUGUUCUCGGGCGGCGUGGUGGGCAAAGCCCUCAAGGGUCCCAUCUGCACCUACGAAUACUCCGGCGGCGUUAGCAUGCAGCACAGCCAAGUGCAGGCUGUGGUGGCCACCACCAUGGCCCACGAGAUGGGUCACAAUUUUGGCAUGGAGCACGAUUCCAGCGAUUGCCAUUGUCCCGACGAGAAGUGUGUGAUGGCUGCCUCAAGCACAGCUGUCGUCCCGGUGCACUGGAGCAGCUGCAGCAUCGAUCAGCUGACGAUUGCCUUCUCGCGUGGCAUGAACUAUUGUCUGCGCAACAAACCCACGAGGCUCUUCGAUUCGCCGCAGUGCGGCAAUGGAUUUGUGGAGCCGGGCGAGCAGUGUGAUUGCGGGUUGCCGACGCACUGCGAGAACAGCUGCUGCAAUGCGCACACUUGCAUGUUGCACAGCAACGCCUCCUGUGCCACCGGCGAGUGCUGUGACUUGGAUACGUGUCGCCCCAAGCUAGCGGGCAGCGCCUGUCGACCCAAGGAGAACGAAUGCGACCUGCCCGAGUAUUGCACCGGCGAAUCGGAGUAUUGCCCAGCGGAUGUCUUUCGACGCGAUACGGAACCUUGUGACAAUAAUCAGGCGUAUUGCUUCCAUGGCACUUGUCGCUCCCAUGCAAAUCAGUGUCGCAUCCUUUGGGGUCCAACGGGUGACAACUCGGAGCAUUGCUACCACAAGAAUGUGGAGGGAACGCGUCUCGGCAACUGUGGCUUCAAUCGGCUCAACAAGACCUUUGUCAAGUGCACGCCUCCGCAUGUCCAUUGCGGCAUGCUGCAUUGCACCCAUUUGAAUGAGCGCUUGGAGUUCGGCAUGGAAACAGCGGCGGUGUUGUCGCAUUCCUAUGUCAGUCAUGAUCGCAAGAUUGUCGCCUGCCGCACAGCUCUGGUGGAUCUCGGACUGCAGACCAUUGAUCCGGGUCUAACACCGAAUGGUGCCAAGUGUGGCACAGAGAGCAUGUGCGUCGAUCAAAAGUGCCUCGCCAUCGAUCAUGUGCGACAGCUGGGAAUGGGAUCCGCAUGUCCGGAGAACUGCAACGACAACGGCGUGUGCAACAGUCGGGGGCAUUGCCACUGCGAUGUGGGCUAUGGAGGAGAGUCUUGCGGCAAGCCAGGACACGGCGGUUCUGUCGACAGCGGACCAGCCACAGAUCCAAGCAGCGCACUCAGCUUCCAGCGUCUGCUGUGGAUACUGUUCUUUGUGGUGCUGCCGCUAAUCCUUGUCGGCUGGGCAGUCUACAUCUUUAUGAAGCGCAACAAGAAGCUCUUCGCCGGCGGCAAACUGGCCGAGAAUAUCAUCAAGACGACAAGUGGCCACAAGGCGCCCACGCUGCGCUCCAAUCAGAAUGGCACCGGACCUCCACCAGGUGGACCCAAUGGAGGACUGCCCAAAUCGACUCCCAGCAGCUCGGAUGACAUGAACUCGGCGCUGCUGAAGUCACCGAGUGAUCUAAGCGAUGCUGGUGGCGCCAAUAACUCUGGCGGCGCCGGCAUGUUUGGCAAAUUCAAAGGAUUCACGCUGCGACCGCUGAACAAUGCCAGCUCCCCGUCGAGCAACUACAGCGGACCCAACGUGGCCUUUGUGCAGCCCACCGUGCAGGUGGAGCAAGUGACAGUGCCACAGCGCAGUGCGCCAGCUCCGCCAGUGGUAAAAGCCAGCACGGAGGUGAAACGCGGCGAUACCUUGACACGUGCUGCGCCAGCACUGCCGCCACCCAAUCCCGGCUCCACAGCACGUCCGAUUAUAUCGAAACCCACGCUGGACUCCAGCACACUGACCAUGGUGCCAUUGAAGGACAACGAUGGAGAUCUGUCACCCACACGCUCGGCUCCAGCGCCUCCUGUGCCACUGCACUCGGAUCCCAAGCUGAACAUCAAGCGAGAUGGCACCAUCAGACGACUGGCCUCGUUCCUCAAGAAGGAGGAGAAGGCGCCGCUCAAGGAGAAGACUUACAUAGAUCGCGAACGCUUGCGGACGCUGGAGAUCUCUGCACCGAUGCCUGUGCCGUUGCCAGGUCAGGCAGAGUCCUCCAACUCGGACUCAGAGACCACGCCACGUGAGGAGGAGACCAAGAAUCUGGUGAAGCGCACGCAAUCGAUGCGUUCGCCUACCAAAAAAAGCCAGGUGCAGACCUUUGGCUCGAUGCGAUCGCCACCCGGUGCCGCUGCACGACCCAAGAGCACAGCAGCCAAUGCUGCAGCUGCCGCUGGAGCUGCAGGAUCGAGACCCAAAUCACCGCCACCAAGACCGCCGCCGCUGGUGAAGAAGACCAACUCGACGUGCUCCGCCGGCUAUCAGCUGCCCGUAGCGACAGCGCAAAAGACCACAGAGAACACCUACGAUGACUGCGAGUUUGUGGAGGCGCAAACACGCGCCUCCAACGAUGACAUUUACUCGGUGAUUGACGAGAUUCCUCCAGCGGCACAAACCCUCAAGCGCAGCGAUCUAGUGGCCAGUUUGUCGAGCAGCGGCGGCGACAUGGGAUUGCUGGGUGAGAUUGUCAAUGAGUUUGAGAAGCUGAAUGGUGGCGAUUCCAUAUACUCGGGCAAGGCGUCAACACCAGGCGCAGCUGCUGCUCCCGCUGAGGAGUCGAUCCCAGAGACGCCGCGCAGUCCAACACGUCCAGCGCCGCCGAAGCCAGCGGGCAGCAAUCGGAACAGCAGCAGCCAAGAGGAGAAACCAGCAGCAGCUGCAGCAACAGCAGCUGCAACCACAUAUCUGCGUGCAGCGCCACUCAAUACGCCUGUGGCACGUGUGGCGCCCACACGCUCCGACAUCUCGCCUACACGCGCCUUCUCCAGCUUCAAGCCAGCGCCACAAGCAGCCACUGCAGCCGCAAGUGCGGCCAAGAAACCGCCCAUAGCCAGCAGCAAUCCGCAGCAGGUCACACGCAGUGGCAGCAGUAGUACAGGCCAAACACGUCCCAAGUCAUUCACGAAGACAGCUAAAGCACUGCCCAAUGGCGGCACGUUGGCAACGACAACGCCAUCGGCCACCAUACAGAAACCGAAACCGCUGUCGGCCAAGCCAUCGUUCAGCAGCGGUCUGGUGAAGCGUGCUCCAGGCACAGCUGCGGCAGCAACGACAGCACCGACGCCACCCACCGUGAAGGCGGCGACGGGCAGCUCCAAUAUAGCAUCGCUGACGCAGCGAUUCGAGCAGCGAAAAUAAUAGAGAACGAGAUGUGUAAACAGCAAACUACCGCCUACAUACAUAUAUGACUUUGUAUAGUUUUUAAGCAUUUCUUAUAGGUUAGGCACAAAACAAAUCAAAUUUCAUUUGGCACUGAUUAUAAAAUGAUGAUCCUUGAUGAUGAUGAUGAUGAUGAUAUUUCAUUCCUUUAUAUCGAUCGAUAUCCCUCUAGUUAGCUGUUAAGGCGUUGCUUAAUUUACGUGCUUCUAGUAUCUCAAUGAUUAAACGUUAAGUUCUGUUUUAAUGAUAAAUCCUAGUUGUAUUGCAUGCUUACUCAUUAUAUUUAUAUAUACACAUAUAUUAAAUGUAUAAUUGUUUAUUGUACGUAUGUAUGCAAUUUGCUUUUGUAAAUAAAAACCAAAGAAGUCAAAUUGUCUCAAACGAAAGAAAGUGUGCAUCUAAUUCGAAAUGAAUAUAAUGUAUGAAACAAUGCAAAAAAUAGUCCUACACAAACUCUUAAAUGUAACGUUAUCAUAGUGUUGUACAGUUGUAAAGCGCACUUGCUGCAUUUCAAAACGAAUAAAUAAAACGAAAUCAA